UUCGGCUUUACAGAGACCGAAGCGGGAAGUUUGUACUCUGACCACAGCGCAGCCAUGGCCAUAGCCGCCACCAUUUCUCUUCCUCUUACCUCUCCAUCUCGACGCUCUCUCGCCUCUAUUCCUUCUCUUCGAUCUUCUUUUUCUUCCAGAGUUCAACUGGAUUUCCUUGGAAACAAUCCCGCGCGGAGGAGAAGCCCUAGGCUAUCCGUAUCCGCCUCCUCCGCUGGCCUUGAAGUUACGGAGAAAUCGUCGUCAUUGUCUUUUCUCGACCGGAGGGAGAGUGGCCUCCUCCACUUCGUUAAGUACCACGGUCUCGGCAAUGACUUCAUCUUGGUUGAUAAUCGCGACUCAUCAGAGCCUAGGGUGACUCCAGAGCAAGCUGUGAAGUUAUGUGAUCGGAACUUUGGAAUUGGUGCUGACGGAGUGAUCUUUGCUAUGCCCGGCGUUAAUGGUACUGAUUAUACCAUGAGAAUAUUCAAUUCCGAUGGCAGUGAACCGGAGAUGUGUGGUAAUGGAGUACGAUGCUUUGCCAGAUUUAUUGCGGAGCUUGAGAAUUUGCAGGGAAGACAUAGUUUCACUGUUCAUACUGGUGCUGGUCUUAUUAUUCCAGAACUUCAGGAUGACGGACAGGUAAAAGUAGAUAUGGGUGAGCCAAUUCUUAAAGCAUCAGGCGUACCUACCAGAUUGGCCCCAAAUACAGAUCAAGCUGUUGUUAAGUCAGACAUAGAAGUAGAUGAAGUUACAUGGAGCGUGACCUGCGUCAGUAUGGGAAACCCCCACUGUGUAACUUUUGGUAACAAAACCGAGCAGAGUCUGCAGGUCGAUGAUAUAAAUUUAGCUGCAAUUGGUCCAAAAUUUGAGCAUCAUGAGAUGUUUCCAGCACGAACAAAUACAGAAUUUGUACAAGUCGUUUCCCGUUCACACCUUAAAAUGCGUGUUUGGGAGCGUGGUGCAGGCGCCACACUUGCUUGUGGAACUGGAGCUUGUGCGGUUGUUGUUGCAGCAGUUCUUGAGGGUCGUGCUGGGCGGAGUUGCACCGUUGAUCUGCCUGGAGGACCAUUGCAGAUAGAGUGGAGUGAGCAAGACAACCACGUAUACAUGACUGGACCAGCCGAAGUAGUGUUCUAUGGAUCGGUUCCCCUACAGUAAAAUCAACAUUUUCUGCUUCUUGGAGACCACCACCACUCCAAAGGAUUCCGGGCGAAGCAAUUAUAAAAUUUUGGCCUCUCAGACGCCAUGGCUCCUCUAGCCCAUCUCUUGCCAUGAUUGAUAUAUAAAACCUCCAGAUGGUAACUUAUGAAAUAUAUUGAUGCUGCUUGUAUCUUCUGUCUGUACUUUCAUUACUUUGUAUGCACAACAUCUGUUUUGUAUGAAUUAAUUGAUGUGACUAACUGAAAACUUCCUUGCGAUUGUAGUAGUAGAAAUCUUUUCGUAUGUAUUCUGAUGGAUUGCCCCCAUUAUGGUGGCAUGGAGCAUCAAGUUUUCUGCACCACUGAGUUCCUGGUAUGUUAAUGAGUUUAAUGGCCAGAUUUCUCUAUUCUUUGGCUUGUCAACGAUUGUCCAGUGUAGAGGGCAGGUGAAUCGCAUAUUUCUUGUCCAAUCCCUCUUGGGUUGAAAGUUAUAUGGCUUAAUUAGGCUGUAUUUGAGACUGAUUUUUACAUACUUUUGCUAUUUUCCUAAA